AUGGGAGCAAUAGAUCUACUCUUCAUCGCUAUCGGUCAGAAUGUGUCCUUUAUGGGCAAAACCUGGUGGAUGCUGAUGCUGGUCUUGCGUCUGCUGGUAGUCCUGCUGGCCGGCUUCACCCUCUUCAGUGACGAGCAGGAGAGAUUUAUCUGCAACACCAUCCAGCCGGGCUGCUCGAACGUGUGUUUUGAUGUAUUCGCUCCUGUAUCUGUCCUCCGUCUCUGGCUCUUCCACCUUAUUCUUCUCUGUCUUCCACACGCGCUGUUUGCCACCUACGUCAUGCACAAACUGUUGACAUAUCCUUACUUUGGAGCCGUCUACUGUGACAGGGGUCGAGGGGGUUCCCCGUUCACUCGCGAGAACUCGAGCUCCUCGAGAGAAGCGUCCUUGCAUAAAGCUCCACUUCCCGACCUCCCAGGUGAAUGGGGAGCACCGCGCUUCUACUGCGCUUACUUCCUUGCUGUAAUUCUACGGAUCCUUCUAGAAGUUGUUUUCGGCGCAGGCCAGUUUUUCCUCUUUGGUUUGUCUGUUCCAAAGAGCUUCCUCUGUUACGAGGCUCCCUGCACAUCUGGAGUUGAAUGCUACAUCUCCAGGCCCACUGAAAAGACCUUAAUGCUCCACUUCAUGCUGGGCGUUGCCUCCCUGUCCAUUCUGCUAAGUUUGGUUGACAUGUUGAGCUCCAUGAAGGCGAUGGUGAGAUGGAGGAGGAGGAGGGAGAUGCUGAUGGAGGAGAUGGGCAAGGGAGAACGAGGCAGCAUGUUUACAACGACGACUGUGACUGAAGACAGCCACGUUCUUUUAACCAGAAGAAUCAGCCCGGGCGGAAGCUCAACGGACGCUGUCAAAGACGAAAAACGUGCCACUGGUUUUGUGCCAAAUGACGAACUCCUUCACGUAAAAGUGAAUGGUGGGCCCCCCCCUAAAACUAGUGUAUCUGCCGAUGAGAAGAGCCCAGAAAACGAAGACGCUAAGGUGGACAUGGCUCACUCACCUACUCCCAUGAGCACUCCGGCGCCAACUCACUUUGUCCUCCACAGCCACCUGAGACCUCCAGUAUCCCCGCGCCCAGACAGAGGACCACCACUGAACCCCAGGGCGCCAACACCCGUCGGUGUCAAAAAGCCGGGCCAGUGCACCGCGGUGGGCGCAAGCUCAGGCCAGCAGUCUGAUAGCAGUGAAUCGCAGGACAGGAGGGCGUGGGUGUAA